AGUUCUUUUUUCAGUGGAACUAUGUGUUGCAGUGCAAAUAGUGGUUUGGAUAUUGUGUAAUUCUUACUAAUAUUUGUUGCGUUUGGCAACGUUGCAGUGUUUCAUUGUAGUAAUCACUACUUGCUCAUUACUCGUGUAUUUAUCACUCCAGUAUUUAAGUAUCCUAGCUGAAAGUUGUAUCAUGUGUGCGGCGUGUACGUGCUGAUGCUGAUAAAGAGAUUAAGUUGAAAGACAUCCGCGAAAAAAGACGUAAAAAUGGGAACAUCGGUGGUGACGCAAUGCAUGGACGAUGGUAUAGGCCAAAACAAAACGUACAAGAGGGUAGGAUCAGCCCUUUUCUAUGGAAUAGCCUCGUUCAUGAUAACUGUGAUCAACAAGAAUGUCCUCACCAGCUACCAAUUCCCCUCAUUCCAAGUGCUCGGUUUGGGGCAGAUGGCUGCCACCCUCAUAGUCCUGUUCACAGCAAAGAAAUUGCGGAUAGUCAGCUUCCCGGAUUUUGAUUUAAACACUUUUGGAAAGAUAUGGCCUUUGCCAGUGAUCUACAUAGGGAACAUGCUGUUUGGACUUGGAGGCACCAAAGAGUUGAGUUUGCCCAUGUUCACUGCUCUGAGAAGGUUUUCCAUUUUGAUGACAAUGAUCGCAGAGCUAUACAUUUUGGGUGUCAGGCCCACCUUCAGUGUGCAGUUCAGUGUAUACACAAUGAUUUUAGGUGCAAUAGUUGCAGCCAGCAACGAUCUGGGCUUCAACUUUGUUGGAUACGUUUACGUUUUAUUGAAUGACUUCUUCACCGCCACCAAUGGCGUUUACAUAAAGAAGAAACUGGAUUCCAAGGAGCUGGGAAAGUACGGUUUAAUGUACUACAAUUCGCUCUUCAUGUUUAUACCGUCGCUGUUCUUCGCCUUUUACACCGGCGAUCUGGAGAAAGGAUACAACUAUACGAGAUGGAACGAUUUCAUGUUUUCGGUGCAAUUCCUUUUAUCCUGCGUUAUGGGAUUCAUAUUAUCGUACAGCGUUAUACUGUGCACGCAAUUCAACUCGGCGCUAACGACGACGAUCAUCGGAUGCUUGAAGAACAUUUCCGUCACGUAUUUGGGAAUGGUCAUCGGCGGAGACUACAUCUUCUCGUGGAUCAACUUCAUCGGCAUCAACAUCAGCGUCUUCGGAAGUCUCAUCUACACUUACGUCACCUUCAAGCGCAAGGACGCCGGACCUCUGCCCGACAAAUCCAGCAAAGCGGACAUCGUAUACCUUAUCACCUCUAGUUGGAUGCUGCAAAACGUUCGGUAUUUCGUAAUUAGGCAUCGCGGCUCCUUGAACUUGGCCAAGUACAUGCACGACGAUGCAGCUGCCCAGCAAGUUCCAAGAGAUUUCGAAGAGGACUUCAAGAGAAACCAUAUUCCUACAAAUCUCUUUCAGAAAGCGUUGCUCGGAGUGGGAGCUGCAACAGCUUCAAUUGUGGAUCCACGCAGAGGCGAUAUGAUUGCUUGCAUGGGUGAAGCUACAGGUCAAAUGUCGAUUGAAUACAUGCUGGGGAAAAUGCAACAAUCCGAGGAAGGAUCGAAGAUUUUGGCAGAACGGCCUAGGAUAAAUUCCCGGACUGUAGAUUUAGAGAAAUUGAAGACGAUGCCUGAAAACACUUUGGGCAAAACUUAUAGCAAUUUUUUAGUCAAUAACAAAGUAACUCCUGAUUCUAGACCAGCCGUGCAAUUCGUUGACGAUGUGAAUUUAGCGUAUGUUAUGCAGAGGUAUAGAGAAGUCCAUGAUUUGUUUCAUACAGUUUUAGGAAUGCCUACAAAUAUGUUGGGUGAGGUUACUGUAAAAUGGGUGGAGGCAAUCCAAACCAGACUACCGAUGUGUGUUGGCGGUGCUCUGUUCGGCCCGAUUCGUUUGAAACCAAAGCAUCGCGAAUUGUAUAUUAAACACUAUUUGCCGUGGGCCAUUCACACCGGUUACAAUACUAGUUUCCUGAUGAAUUUGCACUUUGAAAACCGAUGGGAUCAGACGUUGGACGAUCUCUACGCCGAAAUAAACUUCAAGCCAAUACAGAUUCCAAAAUCGUAAAGGUUUCUGCUAAAAUCUAGCCUGAUUAUCUGUAUUAUUUAAUGAUUUCACGAGGUUUGAGUUUAAGUCACUAGACUUGUUGAAAUAAAUUGGUUUUAACUAAAUUUUAA